UUUUACAGUGUAGAAAUCCAAAUGCACGCCACACAAUUUCAGAAACAGUACCUUAACAAGCACUUCUAAAUAUCCCUUAAUAUAAAAACUCAAAGCAGCUUGAGUUAAUUGAAGUCUUGGAUAUGACACUGCCGCCAACAAUAACACACAACCAAUCAUCACAAUUAAUCACAGAUGCAGUGUAAUUCAUAUCAUUGACCUUAAAGUGCUAUGAGAAUGUUGUUCCUCACUCAUGUCAUUGCACACUUCUGUGUAAUGCCUGUCAUGAGGCACUGCUGCUAUCUAUAGGAAGUGCUAUCUUAGUAACAAAACUGAAUCCCAACACACACCAUGUGCCAGCUGGAGGGGGACAGUUUUGUUAACUGACACGCGAGGGACAUUUGAGUGUAAAUGCCAGGCUAAGGUAGAGUUUUGGUAGAUAGACAAUUGCUUAAUGCACAAGCAAAGGCUAAAUGUCUAACAAUUGGUUUUCAACAACAGUGAGUAUUUGUAGCCUAAUAUCACAAGACCAGUUCAAUCAAGUAUAGGCUGCUAGACAUGGAUAUUGUCAAGGUAAGAGUUGGAGAUUGUGUCUUUGAAACAAACAAGUCUCUACUGUUAAGAGAAUGCGAAUACUUCAGGGCACUUUACAGAUCGGGGAUGGUUGAGUGCCAUCAAGAAGAGAUUCACGUGAGGAAUCUCAAAGCUCAAGGGUUUGUAAUCAUGUUGGCCGUGGCUAGUGGUGACAGACCCAUUCUGAAUGAUGACGAGAUUUUGGAAGCCAUUGAAUGUGCUGCUUUCUUCCAGGCCGAACCUCUUGCCAGGCAUCUUCAAGAUCUGCUCAACUCCAACAACUGCCUGCUCAUGUACCAAGCUUCGGCCACCUACGGCUUAUGGGGACUCCAUGAGAUGGCGGCACAGUUCAUCCGCAAUAUGUACUGUGACCUGCAAGAGAAUUUGAAGAACCUUCCUCAGGAGCUGACUGAAUAUGUAGAGUCUCUGGUUCCUAGUGUGUUCGUGGCUGUAGGUUCACAUUCUACUUGCACUGCAGAUGAGCUUCCUCUUGCUGCCACAAGGACAGUAUGUUACCUUAAUGAGAAUGAUGAAGACUGGAAGGUCCUCACUGCCUUGCCCAUGGAGGCCAGCACCUCUCUGGCUGGUUUGACUGUUUUGGACAAUCGACUCUACAUUGUUGGAGGUGUGCAUGGUGUUGACAAGAGGGCUGUUGAUGCUAGCUUUUGCUAUGAUGUUGUCACCGACACUUGGACUCUGCUGCCAGGUCCCAGACAGCCACGGUACAACUUCACCCUAAUUGGUAUAGAAGGUUGCCUCUACGCCAUCGGAGGAGAGUCUGAGAGAACCAUCAUGUCCUCUGUUGAGAUAUAUAAUGUCACCACAAAGGAUUGGACCUUCGCAGCAUCUUUACCUCGACCGGUUGCGGGGGUCGCAUGUACCAAAGCCAUGAGUCGAAUUUUUGUGUGUCUGUGGAAGCCAAUGGAGACUAAUGAAAUCUACGAAUACAUCCCAAAAAAGAAUGUGUGGGUUCUGGUGAGUACACUUCUGAAGCACCAGAGCUAUGGACACUGCAUGGUGGCCCACAGGGACAACCUCUACCUCAUACGCAACGGCCCCCAAGAUGACUUCCUGCGCUGUUUGAUGGACUGUUACAACAUCACCACAGGCCAGUGGACAUCGAUGCCUGGGCACUAUGGCAACAGCAAAGGGGCCUUGUUUACAGCUGUAGUGAGAGGGGACUCGGUGUUCACGCUGAACCGCACCAUGACUCUGGAGUACACUGUUGCAGGGAACAUGUGGAAACCUUGUAAACAGAUGAAGGGUUUUCCUAGGAAUGGAUCUGUGUGGACAUUUCUACUCAGGAUUCCAAAGGAGAGGAAAGAAGUGAAAGUGUAUUAAAUGGACUGAACCUCAGAAUUUGGUGGCUAAAAAAAAUAUAUAUACAUAUAUAUUUGUAACAAGGUUUAAGUUCAGGAAGGAGGAGGUGGGAACAGGCGAAUGUUCCAAGGUAACUUUAAUCAUAAAAUAAACAAAAAACAAAACGAAAGUAAUGCGGCAGCCCCUCAUGGAUGACUGCCACGCAAACAUAAAAAACACAACGUAAGGUCCUUCACUCCUCCUUUAUUAGCAAUCGUGCCACUAGCCUUGCUCCGUUCCCACAGCUCUUGGACCCGCCCUGCUUGCCACAAUAUUGUUUUGAGCCUAUUCACACCAAACAUUAAUUUUCGAAUUCAUAUUUGAAUCAAAACAAUUCAUCCCUAUGCCCUUCAGAGCGAGAGCAAAAAGUCACAUUGCUUUGGAACAAUGAUUUUUUUUAUAUAUAGUUGUGUGAAUAUUUUUUUAAUAUUCACACAACAAAAAUGUGACAAUAAGCUUUUGGCUAUUAACUAUAAGCUUUUGGGCUAUUUAUCCAAAUAGAUUUCGAUUUCAAUAUACUUUCCAUAUUCCAUUCCAGGAAGCUAUGUUUUUUGCAUUGAAGCAGGUAAAUUGUACUGUCAUUGAAGCAUGUUAAAAUGACAGUUUGCACAAAAAUUCUGUCAUCAUUUACUCACCUUCGUGUCAACUUGUCUGACUUUUCCUUUUCUGCAGAGCACAGCAGAAGAUAACUGAAAAAAUAUCUGGUUAAAUUAAUUCAAUACAAUGGCUUGUGGUAAGGUUCUCUUGGAAAAUCGUGUCUCAUGGUAAAUUUCUCUUGAAAAAUAAGCUGCUAGAUGUGUGGAAACUUCUGCUAACACUCUUGGGAGCUUUGUAAAGUGUUAAAAUGAGUCACAGUAUACUUUCAUUCUAUUGAAUUCACCCAACCUGAUAUUCAGUAAAUUAUUUGCUUUUAUGUUUUACAGAAGAAAAACAUAAGUCAUAAGUAGGGUUGGGAAUCGAAAAACAAUUUCAAUUCUGGAAUUGGAUACUUAAGGUCAGGAAUGGGAUACUUAUUAGAAAAAUUCGAUUCCUCUUAUUGUUUCCUUUGUGUGCAUUUGAAUGUGAUCUUAAACCAUUCAAGCACAAGACUACUUGCGCGCUGUUUUGUGCUGUGUCACAUCCAAAGCACGCGCACAGAAAGCCACCUCUCAUAUAGUGCAUAAAUACUGAAUUGAGUUCUCUUUCGUGUCUUCUUGCGCUCGAAUGGACAAAUACACACAAAAUUUUCA